UUGAUUCCUAAACCCUGAGCUUUUUAUCACUCGAUUAAACAAAAAGUAAUAAAGUAGAGGAUUUGUAGUGUUUUACAUUAUAAACAAAUAUGUGUGUUUUUGUUCAAUCUGUAAUUAUUUAUCCUUACUAACUAACCCCCUAGCACUUUGUUUUUCACAAAGUUUAAACCUCUCUCUCUCUCUCUCUCACACACACACACACACACUCUCAGUCCAACCUCAGUCUGGUUCAGUCACAUUAGCUCUGUGAUGACUGUACAAAAGCAGAGAACAUACACACACUCUCUUACAUACACACACACACACACACACACACACACACACUCACUCACUCGCUCAUACACUCGCUCACCAGCCUUCAGGUCCUGCUGAUGAUUUGAGAGACAUCUGUUCUGUCUUUCCUCCUCCUCCUCUUCGGUCUCUUUAAGAAAAAAUGCCUCGCUCUUUUCUGGUCAAGAACAAGAGGGCGGGGUCUCAUUCGACACGCUCCACCCACUCCUACACCUACCCCUCUGACAGACAUCCGGGACCCUUGUCCGGCGUCUCCCCCGGGAGCAGCUCACCUGUAGUGCUAGAGCUAAGCCCGAAAAUGGCUUCAGCACCCGGGUACCCCGCAGCACAGUCCCACUGGGUUUCCAUGGAAACCAGCCCUAACGCCGCCUCCCAGGCUGAGAACUGGGGUCUCUGGAGAACAGAUGAUCAGGCAGGUGAGACUGAACGUCCCCCGGUGUGUCCCUCACUCUGGUCUCCUGCCCUGAGCAACACAUUCAGCUCUCACAGGGAGCAGGAACUGGAGCGACUGGUGCAGGUGCUGCUGAACCACAGACUGCAGGACAACUCCAGCACUCCACUGUGUGAAUGUCCACUCUGUGAGAAGGUUCUGUCAUCAGCUGUUGGUUUGGUGACUCACCUGCGCAGGUCUCACAUCAACAGAACCACCGUUCCAUCCACUGGCUUGGGUUACAGUACACAGCAUCACGGGCUCAGACCCUCGUCUGGCUUCUACGGCAGAGCUAAAGAGCGCAGUUUUGUCUGUAAGGUGUGUGGGAAGGUGUUUAAACGCUCGUCCACUCUCUCCACUCACCUGCUGAUCCACUCAGACACUCGACCUUACCCCUGUCAAUACUGCGGCAAGAGAUUCCACCAGAAAUCUGACAUGAAGAAACACACCUUCAUACACACUGGCGAGAAGCCCCACGUGUGUGUGGUGUGUGGGAAGGCCUUCAGUCAGAGCUCCAACCUCAUCACUCACAGCAGGAAGCACAGCAGCUACAGACCGUUCCACUGCCCUCACUGCCCGCUCGGCUUCCAGAGGAAACUGGACCUGCAGCGCCACCUGGAGACGCACACCAGCGCCGACAGCACCACGGCCUAUCAGAGCAGUCUGAGUUAGCGAUACACAACAUCGCAGUGUGCAGAGCGUGAUGUUUAGCCUUAAUAAUGUCUUAAUCAGUGUUGUAUAAAGUACCCAAAAGCCACACUUGAGUAAAAGUACAGGUAUUUUGUUAGAAAAUGACUCAAAUAAGAGUUAAAGUCAACCUUUAUAAUUCUACUUGAGUCUAAAAGUAUCUGAAAUAAACUGUACUUAAGUAUCGAAACUAGUAUUUUCAUGAAUGUAUUCAAGUAUGGAAAGUAAAAGUAAAUUAAUAAAAAAGCAAGACUGUAAUAAUUUAGAGAAUUAUGAAUUUUAUUACGUUUUGCUUUCUUUCUUAAACUUCUCAAUAAAAGCACCACCAAAAAAAUGGAGGAAAGAAAGAAGAGGCCUUUAGAACUGUAUUGUAAUGAAGUGUACAGUGUCAGUGUUUCCAUACAUGUGGGUUUGUAACUAAGGCCAUGUCCAUCCGAACCCGGGGAUUUUUAAGAAGGGAGAUUUUUCUCUGUGUUUUGACCUCUCGUCCAGUUUGGAAAACUCCUUCCAAAGUAUUCAGUGGUGUUGUGUGGACAGGGGAAACUGAGAUUUUGAUGAAUUGACAUCAUUGUCUGUGCGCCGGUCUCCUUGAUUUGAUGUCAGCUUUGUUUAUGAAGAUAUUUUGUGCAAUAGCAGACUUACGUAAACUACUGAGUGUGUUAACGUUGUUUGCUGGACUUUUUCCAUGCGUGCACACACACACAGUUACUCCCACAUUACGGUCAUGAACACAGGGCCGGAAUGUAAUACAGAGCUCACUGCUGCUGCAUACAGAACUCCCACAACACACACAGCGAUAGCGGUUUUGGAUGAGUUUUGUCUAGGCUUCUGAUUGGCUAGACUCCUGACAGCACUUAACAGGGCGUUUUUAACACGUAGGUCAUGUGGACAGAAUUUAAAAAAUCCCCAGCUACGUGUGAACAUGGCCUAAAGUCAUCACUGACCACAAACUUCCUUUACCGCAAAUUUGGACGCAGGUUUUUUUGUAGUAAGUAACGAAUAAAUGCCGAACAGAAAAGGUAUCGGAGUAAAAGUAUAGAAUUUGUUUCAAAAAAGUAGAAAAGUAAAAAAGUAAAAGUUGACAGAAAUAUAAAAACUCAAGUAAAGUACAAAAACUCUCAAAAAAUAUUUAAGUACUGUAAUGAAGUAAUUUUACUGCGUUACUUUACACCACUGGUCUUAAUGUCUGGAAAUGAUUUCAAAACAGAUGU